AUGUCCACAAGAAGGACACGGGGCUCCCUCGGAGCACCGCUCGAUAUGGAGGCCGUGCAGGCCCAACAAUUCGACGACUUCCGCCGCAGGCAUAGCCGCCAGAACCGCGAGAUUAUCACCGAAAACAUUUCUCGCAAGAACAUUAUCCGCAACCUCCAGGACCAGAUUGCAGAAGUACAGGGAGAGCUGAGCGAGGUUCGCCAUCAGAACCGCAUGCUGCAGCGGCGGAUGGCGCAAAUGCAGGAGGACCACAAGCGGCAACGCGGCGAGUUUGCACUGGAAGCCCUUGACUCACUCCUUGAUGUGGUUCCAGCAUUACGCCAACUGCGUGAUUCACUCGCCAACGAGUCAAACACAGUCCACAGCCUUCCCGGAUCCAGCAGGGCAGGACGCCGCUCAAUGGUGAACCCCAUGGCAACGCAUCCUGCCGCGUCGGCUGCUCAGAUACACGAGCUUGGCAUGCUGUGCGAAGCCAGCGAGCCAGAGGAGUCACCCUUCGCAAGGAGACGCAAGAGCCGUACGCCGAACAAGAGCAGAAAAGAACACAGCGGCUACGAGUCACCUCAGCCCAAGCUGUUAUUCAGCACUUCAUCACCUGUCAACUCGCGUUCGCCCAAGCGAAGCACGCCGCGCAAGAACUCGCGUAGGCGACGUGAGAGCGGCCUUCUCCUGCCACCAUCGAUCUCGCCUGAGACGAGCCCCAGUCCUUCUCGAGCGCGCAGCCCUGCACAGAGCCCAGGAGACGUAGAUGCAACAGACAGCUCAGCAUGGGAUGAGGGCGAGGAAAUCCGGAUGACCCCCGAAGAGGCUACAGCCCUUCUGGAAGAGGCUGCUGUCGAGUUCGCCGUCACGCCCACGUCCAAGAAGACGCGGGCAAAGAGGUCGUCGCCGGCCAAGCCACCAAAGUCGUCCGCCCCAGUCCUCAAACAGGCUGCCCCAGCCGAGACCACCCAACACUUGGCAUCGGCAACUUCUGUCAAGGUCAAGAGCAUUGCCGCGCAUAUUGAGGCCCAACUGGCGGCAGCCAAUCAACCCAGCCCAGCACGCUCGCCCAACACACCCCGUCGCGUAAGCCCCGGCAUCAAGGAUAAGGCCGCGCGCACGGUCCUCGUCCUGGAGCACGAUGAUGUUUCCAGUGGUUCUCUUACUCCGCCCCCACCAUCGCCUUCGCCCGAUAGCAUCGCUCAUGCCACGGCAGAGCCUGAAUCUCUUCCAGAGUCCAUCGACGAAGAGGCCGAGGGCGGACGCGUGUCGCGCCGCGCAAGAGGCAGCGUCAACUACAAGGAGCCGAGUCUGCGCAAGAAGAUGCGCAAGCCAGACGGGAUGGCUGUCGACGAGGCGCUCGGUGUCCGCUCUCACGUCGCUGCAGCGGUCACGGGCGUGCGGCGUAAAAGUGCUCUCCCUCGCUCGGCCGCAAAGCUCGGCCUGGCGGAGGGCUCUGUGGACCUGAUGGAGGGCGAGGAUAUCCACGAGUUGCCCGUGUCUCCCAUUGCCGUUCCAACGCUGCCAACCGUCACGGCCUCCGCGCCCAUCCGCUCAUCGGUAUCGACGGCCACAACACGCCGUUCGGCCUCCCCCCUUAUUUCCGUCGACAAGGAGAGGUCCAAGUCGGUGGAAAAGGACGUCAAGCCGACCGCUAGGGAACUGGCCCUCGCCAACGCAGCGGUGAGCAAGGUACGCCGUCCGCCUCGCGACGUGCUCGGCGACCUGACUGCACACCAGGAUACCGCCAGCAGCGGAAGCAGUAGCGCCGACACAAGGAGCAGCCUGGGUCGUAAAGCCGGUGCUGGUGCCAAGGAGGCGGCGUUGGCCAAAGCGGUCGGAGCGGACAAGCCGGCGCGGGUGGCGAAGCGGAGUGUUGCGGCAUAG